UUAGCCAAAGAAACAUUCUGGCCAUACUAUGGCUGUGAAUAUCCUUAUUUAUGCCCUGUUCUUGUCCAUUUGGACAAUCAAUUGUCUAGAGAGAAAUAAAAUUAAUGUAACAUCUACUCUUACUACAACCAUCACAGGUGAUAAAACUCAUGGAUCAACAGAAUCAAAAUUUGAUGACUUUAGGGAACGCUUACUCAGUUUUAUAGUUGGAUUAAUGAUCAUAGUAUUCACCUUUACCUGUUUUUGCUUCAUCUAUUGUAAUUACAUGAUCAAGGAGGUCCCAUCACCAGGAGGGCUCAACAAAGAAAAUAUGGCGGCAAUAUCAUCUUGGGUGCCCAAAGUAUCAGCUUGUAAACCUGAUACGAAGCCUGAGGACAUUCUACAAACUCAGCCUCUUCUUUUAAAUUAAGACCAGACAUCUAGGCCCUCAUGUCAAGAAAAACUAUCUGUAUCAAACAGUGCAAUAAAAUCAAUUCAGCCUUCAA